GUCAUUGAACGCGAUUUCUUUGGGGGUGGGGCGUGAGGAGAUCAUUUGCCCGUUUGUUUUUUUGGUGGAUCGGUAGUGGAAGUGCAGUUUUCUUCUUUGUAGCAGUGUCGAGUUUGGUGCGUUGUGUGAGUGUGUUCUUAGCGCAAGUUUUCACUUCCCCCGUUUCUCCGAUCCUCAGUGUGUACAAAAUAAAUCCUGAAGCGAAUUCUGAUGUCUUCAUCUGAAUUUAAGGCUCUUUCACAAGAUGAUCUCCGGAAACAAUUAUACCAGACAUUUAAAACCCGAGGUGUUUUGGACACACUUAAGAUGCAACUCCGUAAGCAGCUCAUACAUGAACUAAUAAAUCCAGUUUUAUGUAGAGAAAUUCUUCCAAAGGCUACUUCUAGUGAAUGCAGUUCAUUGAUCAUUGUUGCGUGUAAUAGUUUGGUGGCAGAUCACUUGCGGAGAUGUGGCUAUGAAUAUUCACUGUCUGUCUUUUACCCAGAAAGUGGAUUAGAAAAGGAUAAAGAGCUUAAUAUACAAGAUCUGCUCCGGCUAAUUAGGAUCAGUCCAACAAGUGACCUUUAUAAAAUGCUGAUUUCAGAUUUAACAAAAACCAGCAUGAAAGCUCUCCUUUGCCUUCUUACUGUUAUGGCAGCAGCUCCCAACCUUUUGGGUGCUGGGGAUGUGUUCCUUGGAGAGGGUGUUUUCCACAGACGGGAGGGAGUGGUUUCGCACUUCCUGGAUCCCACCCGUGGGCUUCACUUGCUUGCACAGACCAGUGCCGAUCCACGGCCCAGGGGCUUUCUUAUACAGAUUUUAACAGAAUUGGUAGAAUACAAUCUCUGUAAGGAGACCUAUAAUGCAGAAACUCAGACAAGUUCAGCACUCUACAAAGAAUCUCUUGCUGAGAAACUUCAACUAAUUGAUGAACAGUUUGCAGACAUGUAUCCUCAGCGUCAUUUAUCUGAGUCUUUUCAUGUAAAACUUGCUGAAUAUAAAAGAGAAAUAGAACAGCAGCUGCAGGCAGAAAUGUCGCAAAAGUUACAACACUUCAAGGAUGUUGAAAUUGCCAAAAUCAAAAUGGAUGAAAGGGCAAAAUUCCAGAAAGAACUUUCAGAACUUCAGAAAGAGUUUCAAAGAGAUCAUCAGGCCAAGUCAGAGGCUCUCGUCUCUCGAGAAAGAAAUGCUAUUGAGCGACUUCAUAAACAGCAAGAGAUUGAUGCAAAGGAAAUUUACUUGCAAAGACAAACCUUACUAAAAGAUAUUGAAACAGUAAGAAGCCGAGAGGAAGAACUGAAGAAGAGAAUAGAAGCUUUUGAAAUAGCUCAAAAGCUUCAAGAAUCAAAGAAUAAAACUAUUGAAGAUUCACUUCAUCGGCGGGAGAUUAAUGUGAAGAACAUUGAGGAGACCUAUGACCAGAAGUUGAGGAAUGAGCUGUUAAAAUAUCAACUUGAAUUAAAAGAAGAAUACAUAACCAGGACAAAAAAGUUUGCUGAAAAUGAGACAGAACAAAAAGAAAAGGCUAUGCUUUUGCAUGAGGAAACUAUUGCGCUUAAUUCAAAAAAGCAAGAAUUCAGCCAAGCUGUUUUGCGUGCAAAAGAACUUGAGCUGGAAAUAGAUUCAGUCAAGGUUCAAGUUUUAUUACUAAACAAACAGAAUCAGUUGUUGACUGAAAAACUGAAAGAAGUUUCAAAUUAUCCUACACUAAAAGAGGAGAAAAUAGAGUAUCAAGCACAAAAUAAACUACUUGAACAGCAGCUGGAGGAAGCACACAAUGAAAACCUACUGCUCCAAGACAAGCUGAGUCGUCCAUCAUCUGGCUUUAUGGUCCUUCAGGCAGAGUUAAAAAGAAUAGAACAUGCCAAAAAGCUUGACUGUGAAGAGUCUGAAACUCAUAAACAGAUCUUGGAAAAACGGUUACAAAAGGAGAUGGAUCACUGUAUACAGUUAAAGGCCCAGUUGUCAGACUAUGAAAAUACCAUCAGGAAGUUAAAUAUACAGAUAGAAGAAUUAAAACUACAAUGGAAGCAAACACAGACAGCACUACAAAAUGAAGUAUAUCGGAAUCCUAAGCCUUCUCUGGUUGAUCGUUCAGUCAUUGACUUGAUUGAUGAAAAGGUUGUUCCACAUGAUAUUUAUGUAGAUCAUGCUUUCUUGAAAAAGCCUGUGACCGAUGUUGGAAUGGGAAAUACAGCAAGUCCCAGUCAUUAUAAUCACAUUGUAAAAUUCAACACAUCACCAGAUUCUGAUUUAGAAUUUGUAGCUAGUACAAAAGCUAGGAUAAAAGAACUGGAAAGAGAAGCUGAAUACUUGCAAGAGGCCUACAGGAAUUACCAGCACAAAGUCACUCAAAGAGCAAUUGAUCCAACAAAGAUCCCAUCAUCUUCCCAAUCACCAAGUAACCGUAUCCUAGCAUCUCAACAAAGAAAGAGAUCUAUACAGGAGAAUUUGUUGUCUCGGGAACAUUCCUUUCACUUUCAAAAAAGUAAAAGCUAUACCUGGUCAUCAGGAAAUGAAAAUCAUUUUAGUACCACUCCAAAAAAACCUUCCAGGCGUCUCUCUUCUACUCCUGUUUCCAAAGCAAGGUGGAACAUCAGUAAAAAUCUGUUUAAUGAAGAUAUCACUGGCUCGUCUCUUGCGGUUCCUCUUGAGAAUGCUAAUCAGCCUCUGUCUCCUAUUUUAAGAAUAGGAGAUUGCGCAUCUCCUGAUUCAGCUUGUUCAUCCCCACUUCCCAAUAAACAAAAGUUAAGUCUAUAUCAAGAACUAGAGAAUCAUCAAAAUAUUAGCAACACUGCAAAUCCUGUAAAGUUGUUGGAUGAAGACCAAGGAAACCACAAUCUUGUUAGCGAUUAUCAAGAGAACAUUCCAGAACAGCUCAAAAGCAAUGUAUCACAUCCAUCUGGAGACAUAGUUAGUUGGAACCAUGUUCCAGCCUCCAUGCCAGCAACAGGCAUUUCACAGUGGGAGAUAAGUGGAACAGAGAAAACUGUCCUAGAGGGAAAACAUCAUGAAGAACAAAAGGAGCCAGAAUUGGAAGAAGAAGGGGCCAAAGAAGAGAAAACACAAAGUGAGAGGUCUUUGGAAAGAGACCAAGAGAAACCAGAUAAGGAAAUACGUAUCCAAGAGUCAUUGGAGAUGAAUGAAGAGGUUCAAAAUGAAAUAGUAACAAAUGUACAGACAAGUACUCUGAAGUCUGAAGAACGUUCAGGCACUGAUGUUUCCAAUCCACUUGAAAAAUACAUGAAAAUAAUACACCAGAAUAAAGAUAAAGAACAGGAAAAAAAGAAAUUAUCCGAGCUCCAAAGUAGAACACAGAUUAAAUAUUUGAAACACUUCUGCCUCAGGGAUGCUUCCGAAGCUCACGAGACAUUUAUAAACCGAGUUAACAACUCUCUUCUUUCUGUCAGAAGGCUGAGAAAGAAGCAUUUGAAAUAUCAUCUGAGGCACUACUGAGCAGUGAAAGGGAGGACAGCGUUAGUGUUGCAGACAUUCCCCAGGAAAGACCUGAUGACAAUUUUUGGUGAAGAUGAAAUAGUGGUAACUGGAAAAAAAAUGUGAUUGAUAUGGAAAACAAUCCUUGGACAGUAAGGAUAAUUAUUUUGAACAACCCUAAAUAUUUAUGUCUAUAAAAUAAUUAAUGAAGAAAUAAUAUAUUGGUAUACAUUGCUGUUAGUAAUAUUGUAGUAUUGCAGGCCUUGAGAGAACACUUUUGAUACUUUGUAUUAUUUAGAAAAUGUUGCUAUUGUGAAAAAACUGCUUAAAUUGUUUUAUUGUAUAAAGUGGACAGAAGGUUUCUUAAAUUGAUUUAAAAAGUUUUUUUAUUUUAAAUUUAAAUUAAUUUUAAAAAGUAUAUUUUGCUACAAUCAUUAUAGAAGUUGAAAAUUUCUCAGUUUCAUUGUAUCUGAAUUCUAUUGUUCCAUAAUAUUGCAUUCACAAAUAGUGAGUUAUAGCUCUCUGUAGCCAAAGUAUCAUUAACAUUAAUUAAAAUCUGCAUCUUUGCACAGAAUGCA